GUCACACACUGCCUCUGCUAGCCUGCACUUGUCUAAUACCUCUCUGGGUGAUGAUCACAAUGCAGCAGUACUACACUAGCCACUACUAGAGCGCUGCAGCCUCAAUGAAGAUCAGACAGCUGCCAGAGAGAAGAAGAGGAAGCAGCCGCAUCCCACUGUCACCAUGAAACCUGUGGACGUCCAUGGAGUGCUGGCCAUUCUCUUGUGCAUCUGCCUUGCAUCUGGAGAUCACCAGGAUAUCGUAAAUUCCCUCCAACCCCAGAAGCACCUGCUGCUUACAGGUUACAACCUCUGCUCUGAUGGGAUAGAUUCUCUGGGUUAUUACAACGGUUCCAUUUCUGUAACGGAGUUUGGCUUGGAUUGUCUGAACUGGGCCGAAUUUCCUGACUACAUGAAGCAGUAUCCAGGGCGAGGACUUGGGUAUCACAACUACUGCCGAAAUCCAGAUGGAUUAAGUACACCAUGGUGCUUUUAUCGUCAACCGUCAGGAAUGAUAAGCUGGGCUCGCUGUGACUGCAGCCAGGGUGCUAUUCAUCUGUUGGGUGACCCUUCUUCCCAGAGCAGUGGAGUUCAGCUCUAUUUAAAAGGAGUUUGGGGAAACAUAUGUAGCGACUACUGGACAGAUUGGGAUGCAAGUGUGGUUUGCAGACAGCUCGGAAUCAGUGAAAUUGGCACAGCUAAAAAGAUCCCUGAUCAUGCUCCUUGGACAACCCCUGUACUUCUGGAAUCUGCCAAUUGCCGAGGGGAUGAGAAAGCCUUACUACACUGCAGCUAUACCCAGGGCAAAGGUUGCAGGAAUAAGGAGGUAUCUGCCAUUACCUGCUCUCCUCCUGAAGGUUUAAAGCCCCCUCUACGUCUGGUGGGAGGAAAGGACCGGUUUGAGGGGCGUGUUGAAGUGUUUUUUAAGGGUCAGUGGGGAACAGUUUGUGAUGAUCACUGGGAUGACAAAGAUGCUGAAGUCAUAUGCAGACAACUAGGAUUUAAUGGGAAGCCUAAAGCCUGGGUAUGGGCUCAUUAUGGACAAGGCAGUGGUCCCAUAUUACUUGAUGAAGUAGAGUGUUUGGGCAAUGAGUCUUCAUUAGAUUUUUGUCAGAAGAAUAAUUGGGGACAUCACAAUUGUGACCAUAUUGAAGAUGCUGGAGUUUCCUGCAAUCCUUAUAUAGAUGGAGCUGUAAGAUUAUCUGGUGGUCAAAAUGCUGGUGAAGGACGAGUGGAAGUAUAUUACAAUGGAGAAUGGGGAACUGUAUGUGAUGAUGGUUGGACUGAACGUAAUGCACAGGUGGUUUGCAGACAAAUAGGCUUCAGUGGCCCCUCCAGCUUGGCAUCGAAAGCAGAGUUUGGCCCUGGAGAUGGGUUGAUUUUCCUGGAUGAUGUGGCUUGCGCAGGCACAGAGCGCUCUCUAGUGGAAUGUUCACAUAGCAGCUGGGGCCAGCAUGACUGCUCUCAUUCUGAAGAUGUUGGUAUCCGCUGCUCAAAUGACAGCAAUGACAUAACUGAAACACCACCUGGACCCCCUGUUCGGCUGAUGGAAGGGGAAAGUACCAAGGAAGGCAGAGUGGAGAUAUUCCUGAAUGGAGAGUGGGGCAGCGUGUGCGAUGAUGGCUGGACUGACAAUGAUGCUGUUGUUGUGUGUCGCCAGCUAGGACACAGGGGCCCUGCAAAGGCAAGAACAAUGGCGUAUUUUGGCGAAGGGCAAGGGCCGAUUCACUUGGAUAAUGUAGAUUGCAAUGGUACAGAAAGCACAUUAGCAGACUGCAAGAAGCAGGACAGUGGAAUCCACAACUGCUGGCACAGUGAAGAUGCUGGAGUGAUAUGUGAUUAUUUAGAGAAGAAGAUAAGUGGCCUCACAGAUGGUGUAUCUGCCAAGUGUGGUAUUAGUCACGUGUCUCGGAGAAAGAAAAGAAUCGUCGGUGGAACCAAAUCCAUCAGGGGUGGCUGGCCAUGGCAGGCCUCACUGAGGCUAAAGGGAUUCCACAAAGAAACACGACUAUUAUGUGGAGCUACACUAAUAAGCAGCUGCUGGGCUCUAACUGCUGCUCACUGCUUCAAAAGGUUUGGUGACAAAGCUCACAAAUACUCACUGAGAGUUGGUGAUUACCACACUGGGGUAGAAGAUGAUUUUGAGCGUGAGCUACCAGUGCAGAAGAUUGUUGUACAUAAGAAAUACCACACUGGCAGCAAUGACAAUGACAUCGCAUUGGUCAGAUUACAGGGAAAAGAAGGUCACUGCAUGUCAUUUAGUUACCAUGUCCUGCCAAUAUGCCUUCCAGAAAGGAAGGAGUCAUCUGUAUACAAGAAGCCAUGCUUCAUUUCUGGAUGGGGAGACACAGGAACCUCCUAUUCAAAGACACUUCUGGAGGGUGCAGUUCCAAUCCUUCCCAAAGAGAAAUGUGUAUUUCGUUAUAAAGCAAAAUUUACUAAUAGGAUGAUCUGUGCCGGUAAUUUAUCUGAAGACAAUAGAGUCGAUAGUUGUCAAGGUGACAGCGGCGGUCCACUCAUGUGCCAAAAUGCCAAUGGACAAUGGAUAAUAGUAGGAAUAACUUCUUGGGGCUAUGGAUGUGGACGAAAAGACUAUCCUGGAGUAUAUACCAAGGUCAACAGGUUUAUCCCUUGGAUCAAGAGGGUUACAAAACUGAAAUUCAACUAAUACUGCAUUUACAGCAAUAGAGCACGCAAUUGUCGAGAAGGAAGCGUUCCUUCAGACAAUUGCCUGCUCAUUAGUGGAGGUGAAGCAUUGCAUUUACAUGCAGCGAUCACCUCCACAGUAUGAGGACGAGCGAUGGCUACUGCUAUCACUCAUCCUCAUAAAGCUGCAUUGUUUCUGGGCAGCAGAUCACUGUUCACACAGCAUGAUCUGAUGCCCAGAAAAAUCAUUUAGGUGUCUGCAUGAACGAUCGUUUCACCUGAUGAAUGAGCGUUUUGCUCAUUCAUCAGGCGAUCUGUAGCACCUUUAAGCCUCAUUCACACGUCAGUGUUUCACGGAC